AUGUGUGGGAUUGCCCACUGUGGGCUUCACCACCAAGAACAUGAAUGCGAACGACUGUUUAUACCAGGUCAUCACCCACUCGUCUAUCUGGUCGCGUGCAAAGAGUCUUUCUCCUGUCAAGACCCAGAUGACCACCUCCAUAAACAUGCUCCUGAGAUGGGGCAUCUACACCUCAUGAUGAAACUCUCCUCCUUGUACUUCUUGAUGAUUGUGAGGCUCAUUGAAAAAGUCAAGGCUAUCAUUCUUGUCAGUGAUUGUUAUAUGUCUCACCCAUUUUCUCCUGCCACAAAGUGGGCACAAGAGGACCAGAGCACCAUAGCAUUUUUAUUUGUGGGACGUCUGGGUAAUGUUGCCAAUCCAUCCACUCUUUCCCCACUGAGCUCCAACACAACGAUUGGCCUUUCUAUUCUUGGGCCUUCUUUGCUUUGGCGUAAUUGUGAUUGCAGAGCUGUUGCAAGGGUACAGGAGGGUGAACGAAUGAUAGGGGGCACGGGAAUGGCGAAGGAAAUGAGAGAUGCUAUCAGGGAUGUGAGGGCGAGGCACAAAAGUGAACUGGGGCCAGCUCCUCCUCAGAUUACGACCAGGACCACUAUCGCAAUAAAUGGUGUUAUCUUCAUUGGAGGCCCUGCUGGGUAUUGGGUUGUGUGGGUUAGAUGGAAUGGUGAGUCCCUGCAGGAGCAGGGGUGUGCAGGAGAUGUGGUCCAUGAUGUCGUGUAUGAAGAAUGCCUAGAGUGUGGCGGAAGGACAGAGCAUCUUGAUGGCGCCACAAGGCACUGUGCUGGGUUGAACACAAGGUUUGACAGGGAGCCCCUUGCAUAUGGCAUGCGUGUCAAGGAGGUGACUGUCAUCCAGGAUGGCCCUGUCUUCUGUUAUGUACUAACAUUGCAAAUUCGAGGUAGGGUAGACUCAGAUAGCCAACAGCGUGUGACAACUACAAUACCAAUCGUGGUCAUCAUCGGUGGGGGGAGGGGAGGAAAUGGGGAAAUGACUAUGGCGCUGCAUCUGUAA